GGACCGGAAGGAGAUGGCGGAUUUAUGAUGUCAUUUCCGACAAGUGAUUUAUUUUCUCUCCCUUUGUGAACUACUUUAGCUUUUUUACGUUAGAAGAGCUGACUUUGAUGUUUGCAUUCCCGUAGCGGUAAAACCAGAUGUCUUUCUUCUACCGUUGCUCACGUUAAUUUCGCAGGCAGGUCACUGGAGGAAGCGUAACAAAGCAGGGUCAUCAUGUCUGCAGAACUGGACUUGUCUACUCCAGAGAUCCCUGAGCCUACCCUGCUAGAGAGCAUACUGCGCUAUGGGUUGUUUCUCGGUGCUAUCUUUCAGCUUAUUUGCAUCCUGGCUGUCAUCUUCCCUUCAUCCAAGGGCCACGAACAGGAGGAAGCCGAGCCCACUGACGUAAAGGCUGCUGAACAGAUAAAGAAACCUAAAGGACCGACACCUCAGCCUCGACAGAAACCAAAGAAAGAGAGCAAAAAGAAGCGAUAAAUAUCUGUGUGCAUGUCUGUGCACGCGUGUGUGUGUAUUACCUUGAGAAUGUGUGUGUUGGGUCAUUGCCAAUGUUAUAAGAAUUCCGUUAUCAUUACAAGUAUAAACACUAAUUUACAACAAUAAAAAAAUAAAGAUGUGUGUUGAAUUUGAGGCACAAGAAAAGGACCAACUGCAUCCUGUUCAACACAUUACAAAAACAGCUCAUUAUCAUGGUGCUUACCAACAGUUUAUUUAGUUACACAGCGUAUUUCAUUGGGUAUGUUUGUUAUACAUUUUCUUUUGUAACAAUUGAAUAUCAUUGGUUGAAUUGUGUGUUAAUAACAAGGCAGAAAUAAAUGUGUUCUGUAGCCAUCCACCUUAGCAGUUUAUAGUAAUUGCAAAACCUCAGUGUCAUGUAAAGAAAUGAGAAUGACAUCAUGACCCAACCUUCUGUCUGACAAAACACUUACCUUAUAAAGCUGUGGUUUGUGGUAGUAAAUCAUAAUGCCAUAGAUGAUGCACCAAA